AUGAUUCGGAAGAUGGACGAAGAGCUUAAGGCAAAGCUUGAAGAAAGAGUGAAAGAAGAGAUAAUGGUGGCUGCUGAACCAGGGAAGAAGAUGACUAACGAGCGAGUGCAAAAAGUUGGGAUCACAAUGUUGAAAGAGGAGAACGCCGAGCACCCUGAGAACGACGACGAAACAAGGAGAACGCCGCCGAGGAGAAGAGAACGCCGCCGGAAAACGUCGAAUUCGAAUUCGAAUCUACGAAAAUACGAAGAACCCUAA